CAGUCAAAGCAAAAGCCGUAGAUCUAUAAGAUCUCCAGGGAUAUCAAUAUAAUGAAUAUAGGGAACAGGAAUGCAGAUUAUUCUUUACAGAAUACAGGGAAAUUGGUGAAAGGGUCAAAAUAGUUUCGAUUAGUACAGACAAAGAAGCAAGCAAAAAGAAGCAUAAGGUGGUACUUUGACCUUUGUUGGGACCAAGGCCCUAUAUAGUGUAAAUAAGCCAAGGCACACGCCACACCAUGAGAAGAUCAUCAGCACCAUCCGCUGGAGGAUUGAACAAACGUGGAAAGUUUUCUACCCCAUUUGUUGCAAAGCCAUCUGAGGCCAAGACUGUGAAGCAGGUGUCUUGUGAAAAUUUCACAACAGGCAAUUUUCCAGCAUCUGGCCAUUUUCCAAAGCAGGGCUGCAGCAACUCUGCAACACCUGAGCCAGAGUUGAACAGAAGACCCCUGACAGAGAUUCUCAGCCUGCUGGGGCCGCCAUGUUCUUCCAGUCAGUCAGACAGCACUGCCACUCAGCCCCAGUGUACUGGAGGUGGUCUGUCAGCAGGGUCAGCUGCUCAGGUCACUCAGCUGACCCCAAAACUCAGCUCAUUCAGAUCCACUGGGAAACCAUCAAAUGUGACCAUACAAGCAGCACUGAAUGAAAAUUCUGCUGUACCUGAGACAGAAAAAGCACCUGAUGGAGUCAGAUAUUUUGAAGUCAUAUGGUGCAAGAAAUCGACCAGGAAGCACAAGAAAUGGGAGGGUGAUGCCCUGAUGGAGGUGCACCGACGGCAUGUGACUCUCACGGAUCUCGAUGGGAAGGAGAUCGGACAGUGUUCCGGCUACAAGAUCAAGGAGCUGGAGGAGCUCACAGACGGCAGUCUGCUCUCUGUCGGCGGCAAGGAGGUCGAGAUCCAAAACUCGGUCACCCGGGAGCAGUUCGUGGCCAAAACUUCUGGCGCCGCGGCUGCACCGGCACCUCCAGCCGUCGAGCCGCCCCCUCCCCCGCCCCCGCCGCCCAGCCGCCCGUUCAUCAGCCCGCUGGCGGGGGCGGCACCGCGGCGUCCUGGCGGUGGACCGGUGCAGCCGAGGUUUGAUCCGCGCUCACCAGGGGCGCUAGUGAUGCCCCGACCGUCGGCUCAAUAUCAGUGGCGGUACAACGGCGGCGGUGACGGCGGCGGCAGCCGGCCGCUGGUGGACGUCGUCGUGGACCCCCAUCUCUCCCGUCACCUCCGACCCCACCAGCGGGACGGCGUCAGCUUCCUCUACCGCUGUGUCAUGGGCUUCGACACGGAGCUGGGACGGGGGGCGGUGCUCGCUGACCAGAUGGGACUCGGCAAGACGCUGCAGUGCAUCGCGCUCAUAUGGACGCUGCUCAAGCAGGGCCCGUUCGGGGGAGAGCCGGUGGUGCGUCGUGUGCUGAUCGUCACCCCGUCCAGCCUCGUCAGGAACUGGGUCAACGAGUUCAAAAAGUGGCUCGGCAAGGAGCGUCUCGCCGUGUUUGCUGUGGAUCAGAACCACACCGUUCGCGAGUUCGCCGGCGGCCGAAUCUGUCCCGUGCUGAUCGUCUCCUAUGAGAUGGCCGUCCGGAGCCUUGCGGAGCUACAGCGGUGUCAGUUCGAUCUCAUGAUCUGUGACGAGGGGCACCGACUGAAAAACUCCAACAUCAAAACGGCCACGGCUCUGACGUCUCUGGAGUGUCCGCGCCGUGUGUUGAUGACCGGCACACCGGUCCAGAACGACCUCCUCGAGUUCUUCUCACUGCUGCAGUUCGUCAACCCCGGAGCACUGGGGUCGCUGGCAGAGUUCCGUCGUGACUACGAGCGUCCGGUGGUUGAGGGCCGUCAGCCGGGAGCCUCGGAGGAGAUCCGACAACUGGGCGAGGAGAGGGCCGAGCAGCUGGCCAACAUUACAGACAGGUUUAUCCUGCGCCGGACCCAGGAGGUGCUGGACCGCUACCUGCCGCCCAAGGUGGAGACGGUGGUCUUCUGCCGACCCUCGCCGCUGCAGGAGGAGCUGUACGACCGGGUGCUGCAGAGCCGCGAGCUGCAGCAGCUGUUGAGCUGUGACAGCUCCUCAGCCGCCGGUACCGUCCACCUGGUGUACAUCGCCCUGCUAAGGAAACUUUGCAGUCACCCGGCGCUGCUCCGGUCGGCGGCGGAGAAACAGGAGUCUGCCCUGCUCUCUCGGCUGCAGCUGGAUCUGGACCGUCUGGAAUCGGACCUGGACGGUCCGGAGUCCGGUCUGUACCGUCUGGGUCCGGGCCGGUCCGGACUCCAGGCCCACCUCUCCGGGAAGAUGGCCGUGGUGUCCAGUCUGCUGGAGAGCCUGCAGUCCAGGGAGAAGGUGGUGCUGAUCUCGUACUAUACACAGACUCUCGACCUUCUGGCAGAGCUAUGCCAGCAGCUUCAGCUGGGCUUCUUUCGACUAGAUGGCAGCACGCCAUCCACCAAGAGACAGUCUCUGGUCGACCAGUUCAAUAGCUCGUAUUCGACUGAAGCCGUGUUCCUGCUGUCGGCCAAGGCCGGAGGUGUCGGUCUGAACCUGGUGGGCGCCUCCUCUAUCGUCCUGUUUGACCUCGACUGGAACCCCGCCAACGACCUGCAAGCACUGGCCCGCGUCUGGAGGGACGGACAGAAACGAACCACGAGGGUCUACAGACUUCUGACGGCCGGCACGAUCGAGGAAAAGAUCUACCAGCGUCAGAUCAGCAAGCAGGGUCUGAGCGCCGCUGUGGUGGACGCCGGACAGCGGUCAGCGGCACACUUUAGCCGGGACGAGCUCAGGGACCUGUUUUCGCUCGAUGACGGCGUCGACUGCAGUACCCACGACCUGCUGAGUUGCGGCUGUGACCUGGCAGGCGGACCCUGCCCCUCCACGGCAGAGGAUGAGGGCGAGUCUGCUGACACGGCGGUGGACGUGCGGCCCUGUCAGCUCGGACCGUCUGACCCGACCUCGGCAACCGCCGGUGGCCGCCAUACGGGUAUGGAACGGCUGCUAGAGUGGCAGCACUAUGGUGCUCCAUUUGACCCGGACGUCAUACAGGAUGAGGGCCUGGCUCGAGCCGGUGACGUCAUCACGUUCCUAUUCCGACACGUCGUAGCAGCGGCGUUCGAGUAGUGAUGACGUCACGAUAUGAUCUGAGAAACUGUGAUCUUUGACGGCUGUUGAGCUGUUGGUUUGUGAAAUCGUGUUGUUGAGUACAAUAAAGCACGUGUCAUUAUA